AUGCCAGGUAAACUUGCAGUUCAGCUUUUGAGGAAGAAGCUCAGGACGUACUGUACUAUGGCAGAGGGCGGGGAAAUGUCAGGUGCCGCAGCAAAUGACGUUUUUCGAAUGGAGGAGAGACCAGAACAUGGGAUGAAAGUGUUACAGGGCCUGAACAAACUCAGACAGGAGGGUGUUUUAUGUGAUGUCACACUUAUUGCAGAAGGUAUGCAGUUUAACUGUCAUCGUGCCAUCCUUGUUUCCUGUUCAGACUACUUCCUGUCAAUGUUCACAAGCGGCAUGCGGGAAUGCAACCAGAAAGAGAUUGAAUUAAAAGGCAUCACUGCAAAGGGUUUAGAGAAGGUGAUUGAGGUGGUCUACACAUCAACCACCACUUUAGAAGGUGACGAUAUCUUCGAUGUCAUCGCAGCAGCCACACACCUGCAAGUGACACCUGUGAUAGAGUUUUGUGAGCGGAAUUUUCUCAGUGGAAUGAACACCAGUAAUUUCUAUGACUUCAUUAACACAGCAAAGCUGUAUAGCAUGCACAAUGCUUUGAAACAGAUUGAUGUUUUCAUUGCCAGAAACUUAAUGCAGAUAGCAAAGGAAAACACCCUUAACUUGCUGACCUAUGAGCAAAUGGUCAGCUGUUUAAGCAGUGACAAGCUGUGUUUUCGGGAAAUGGACAUCUUUCAUAUCACCUGGGAGUGGUUAAGAAUGGAUUCCCGGAGAUUAUGUCAAGCCCCAUCCUUGAUGAAGCUGAUUCGUUUUCCUCUUAUUAAUCCAGCAGAUUUAGUCCACCAGGUGCAGGCCGUAGAACUCAUGAUGUCCAAUCCAGAGCUGCGUCAAAUUGUGCUGACCGCAUUGAACUAUCAUGUGGUGCCACAUUCACAACCUUUACUUACAACACCCUCUACGAGAUUACGUUCGUUUGUUGAGAGACUUGUCAGCGUAGGUGGCCGUGAGAUACAUCCUAAUCCUUGUCUGCACGAUGAGCUUUUGGUGUUUGAUUCUAAAAUAAACUCCAGCAGUUUGCUAAAUCGUCAGGAGAUAGCCACUUUGCCGAGCGCACUCAGCCAUAUGCAGGUGCUUGUGUUUAAUAAUUUUCUCUAUGUUUUAGGGGGUUGCACAACUCAGUGUGCACACGGCGAAUCCGCAGUCAACUCGGUUCUCAGAUAUGACCCUCGUUUUGACACUUGGUUCCAAGUAUGCCCCAUGCUGAACAAACGAGCAUACUUCUUUGCAGGUGCGUUAAACAGUAAAAUUUAUUCAGUCGGUGGCAAAUUCAAAGAUGGAAGCUUAGCUACAGCUGAGUGCUACGAUCCUGCCGAAAACACUUGGGAGCUUAUAGCGUCGAUGCCAAUGUCAUAUCAUGCACACGCUGGUGCCACUUAUGGAAAUCAUAUUUAUAUCUCGGGAGGUUACUCAGGCAAUCAUUUCACACCAGACAUGCAAAGAUACGAUCCAAAUACUAAUGCUUGGGAAGACAUGGCACCGAUGCUGACACCUCGUGGCUGGCAUGUUAUGUGCGCUAGCCGUGACAAACUGUUUGUCUUUGGUGGUUGUAACCUGAAUGUCAACCAGCAGGCCCAACCCGUCAUGCAGUCGGAGUGUUAUGACCCAUCUAUGGAUCAGUGGACAAUCGUGGCCCCACUGUCUAUCUCUCACAAGGAAGCAUCGUGUGUAGUGUACCGAGACAAUAUCUAUGUCCUCGGGGGCUAUAACGUACAGACCAAGACAGGACAGAAAUUGGUGAGCAGAUAUGAUGUGUUCGCUGGGAUUUGGGAAACUGUGGGUGCUCUUCCACGUAGUCUGACCGGAGUAGGUUAUUGUACAAUCAAGCUGCCGUCAUAUGACCCUGAGGAACUGCAAGCUGAAGGGGAUUAG